AGACCGGCAGUGAAGAUAGCGAUAGCAUAAUGUCGGUGGUCGACUUCAUCGGUCAAGAUAUCUAGCAUGAUGCACCAAUGCGAUAUCUUUCGGCCUCUUAAUGAUCGGUGAGACCAGGGAAUCCCCGGAGCAGUGGAACAAUAUGUAUACAGCCAUCAAGAAAGGGCUCAUUGCAACUAGCCAAACGGAUCUAACACAAGUCCAGAAGAAGAUUGAUGGGGGAGAAAAUGUCGAGAUGAUCGGCAAUCAAGAGCAGAAUAAGACCCUUGGAUUAUGGCCGGGUGUCUCUGAUACUGAGAUCAACGAUCCCUCUACCUGUUCUCCGAUCCAUCAAGACAUCAUGAUGGUCUCUUGCGCCUCGUUUGCCAGUAUUCACGCUGAUUUUACUGCCUAUGGUCUCUGGCCAUGGGCACUCGUUGAUCUUGUUAAGAAAGUUGGGUUCUGCAUCCGUGAAAAACAGACCUGGGUUGCACCAGCCUCGGUAGCUCGUCCCUUUCUUGAUUUUAUGUGGAAGCUGCAGUGUUGGGCUGAUAAGGUCCUGUUGGAGGACGACCCUGCAUUCCCGUGCCAUUAUUUAGAUACUUUUCUAACAUGGUAUUCCUUUUUUGACUGUAGCUCCCCUGCUGGUGCCGAUGCUUCCGCCGAAGACCCUAUCGAAACCCCGACUUCUGGCGACGAGAAGGCCAACCAUUAG